UACUACCUUAUUACAUCAUUCGCCUAUAUCUCCACAUCAAAUGGAAACUCCAUCCUGGGCUUCUUACAUAACACCAUGGCUGGUCACUCUAGCGCUCAUCCUCUUCUCCCUCCGUCUCCGCCGCCGUCAAAAGCUUAACUUGCCGCCCGGCCCGAAGCCCUGGCCAAUAAUCGGCAACCUUAACCUCAUCGGUUCACUUCCCCACCGGUCCAUCCAUGCCCUCUCCCAAAAGUACGGUCCCCUUGUGCAUCUUAAAUUCGGGUCAUUCCCCGUUGUCGUGGCCUCAUCCGUCGAAAUGGCCAAAGCCUUCCUUAAAACCAAUGAUGUUACGUUUGCCGAUCGGCCCAAGAUCGCGGCGGGUGAAUACACUACUUACAACUACUCCGACAUCACUUGGUCACCAUACGGACCGUACUGGCGUCAAGCACGAAAAAUAUGCAUGAUGGAACUUUUUAGUGCGAAACGCCUGGAAUCGUACGAGUACAUCCGGAGAGAGGAAAUGGAAUUGUUGCUGAAAGCGUUGUACGAAUCAUCGGGUAAGACGAUUGUUUUGAAGGACAACCUUUCGGAUUUGAGCCUUAACGUGAUAAGCAGGAUGGUGUUGGGGAAAAAGUACACAGACGGGACCGGCGAAAACGAGAUCGUGACCCCGAAGGAGUUCAAGGAGAUGCUCGACGAGUUGUUCCUGCUGAACGGGGUGCUGGACAUCGGGGACUCAAUUCCCUGGCUAAGAUCCCUUGAUUUGCAGGGCAAUAUCAAGAGAAUGAAGGCUUUGAGCAAGAAGUUCGACAGGUUCUUGGAACAUGUUUUGGAUGAACAUAUUGCUCAGAGAAGAGAGAGUGAAGAUUAUGUUGCCGGGGACAUGGUGGAUGUGCUUUUGCAGCUUGCUGAUGAUCCCAAUCUUGAUGUCAAGCUUGAGAGACAUGGAGUCAAGGCAUUUAGUCAGGACCUAAUAGCAGGAGGAACCGAGAGUUCAGCAGUGACAGUGGAAUGGGCAAUUUCGGAGCUACUGAAGAAACCAGAAAUGUUUUCCAAGGCUACGGAAGAACUAGAUAGGGUAAUCGGCAGGGAAAGAUGGGUCGAAGAAAAGGACAUCGUCAACCUACCCUACAUCGAAUCAAUUGCCAAAGAGACUAUGCGUUUGCACCCUGUGGCACCCAUGCUAGUGCCUCGAAUGACCCGUGAAGACUGUCAAAUAGCAGGUUACGACAUCCGCAAGGGCACUAGAGCUCUUGUGAACGUGUGGACCAUCGGGAGAGACCCUACAGUUUGGGACAAUCCCAAUGAGUUUUGCCCCGACAGAUUCCUUGGGAAGGCCAUUGACGUGAAGGGUCAUGAUUUCGAGCUGCUGCCAUUUGGGGCAGGAAGAAGGAUGUGCCCUGGAUAUCCCCUGGGGAUUAAAGUCAUUCAAGCCAGUCUGGCUAAUCUUUUGCAUGGAUUUACUUGGGAAUUGCCUAGUAACAUGACGAAAGAACAUCUUAAUAUGGAGGAAAUCUUUGGUCUCUCUACCCCGAAAAAGUACCCACUCGAGACUGUGGCAGUGCCUAGGCUCCCACUUCAUCUGUAUGCCCGCUCAGGAACCAAAAUAUAAUCUCGUACUGGAAGAUCGAAUUUAUAUAAAAUUUUAGGAAUAAAAAUAAAUUAUUUAUCUAAAAUAUAGAAAAAGGUAAUGGUAAUUGGUGGUUUGUAGUUGCUUCUCUUUUGAUAAUAUCUUGUCAAAUCCAUCAAUUAUUUUAUACUUUUAUGUAAUGGGCUGGCAAUUAUUGAUGUAUGUUUCUUGUGGUUUCCCACCCCAA